AUGCAGGAGAACAUCCUCCUGGUCAGCAAGGUCAGCAACACAGACAUCAAAGUCUCGGAUUUCGGACUCGCGAAGCUUUCACGGGAUUUUCCGCGCAGGCUCCCUCGGUCUACUUCAAUCUGUGGCUCUGAUUUCUACCUUGCACCUGAGGUCAUCAAGCAGGAGGAGUAUGGCCGCGAAAUAGACAUCUGGGCGGUGGGGGUGAUCACUUUCGUGGUCCUCAGUGGCGCACUGCCCUUCUUCAACCCAGUGCUUCAUAAGCAGCGCAGCAACUUGCUCAUGAAGGAAACCGAAGAAGAUAGCCAUGAUCCAUUGCAUGAUUGUACCGGCAGAUCGUUGAAAGGGAUGUCAGCUUUGCCGACGAUCGCUGGAGAGCAGUAUCUGCUGGUGCGCAGGUUGGUUGCCCCCUGGUGUGCCGGAAGUGGCGAGAAUGCAGCAUGGCCGUUUGGAGGGACAGAUCCUUCAGAAAUCGAUGCAGCACCGAUGCUUUUCCCGAUGUACACCGUCUCAGUCGACACGGUGCUUCAGAUGACACAGGUCAUGCCGCAUGAAGAUCUGAAAGACAAAGGAGCUUUACGCCGAAUGUUGUUUCAAUCGCACCAUUUGCCUACGGACGUGAUGACAGAGGUGUACCUCCCGAGAAGGAAGGCGUUCGACACAGCGCAGUUCCGACAGGCUCACCUCUACCUGUGGUACGAUUACUUCUCUUGCCCACAGCUGGAGCAGCUAAUUUCGCCCACAAUGCCGGCUGCAGGACCGAGCAGCCCCUUGUCCAAAGCUAUUGACAGCAUCCCGACAUACAUUGCAAGGUGCAAGUUUUUCUUUGCUCUUUGCCCGGUCGUUGAAAGUUUGCGGACGGACCGGGUAUUUUCCCCGUUUUCCUGGAGUGAGCGAGGAUGGUGCCGUGUAGAGAGAGCUUUCCGAGAGCUUUCGCCAGAUCAGUCUUGGAUCAUGAUCAAGAGCAGCACAGAAAUGGAACUGGUCUCAUCUGUGUUGCUGGGAUUGGGUAGAGCUGCUGGUGAAGGCCAGUUCACGGUGGCCGAGGAUCGCGUCAAACUCGGGUCAGUCCUGCAGGGCGCCCUAAGACGCAAGUUAAUGCUUCUACUGAAAGCCCAAGAUUUGGUGGGAUAUCGCGUUCUCAUGAACAUGCAACGCAUUCAUCUACGAGGCUUUCCCCUGGAAGCCAGGUAUGACUUGCUGCUUCCCGGUCCAGGCCCCGAGGAUCACGGCAGCCACUUGGAGCUCGGAG